AUGGAUUCACGACUGUACGAUACUGUGUUAGCUAAUCAUAAAAUUUUUGAAGAUCUCAAAGAAGGUUUGCAAGAAAGUUCAAGUGCAAAAUUGCAUAAUUUGAUAGAGCUAAAGGACGAUGUACUUUACGCAUGGAACUCUAUUGAAAACUGUUUAUUUAGUGUGAAUGUGAAACACUUAGAAGAACAUCCUGAUGAAACUCCGUACCAGGUAUCUGAAUUAUUUUAUAAAUUUUCUCUAAUAAGAUACUAUCUUCCAAAACACCGACAAGAUUUUACUUUGACAAGUUAG